AUGACAUCAGAUACGUCAUUUUGGUUGAAAUUUCUUCAAGAAUCAGAUUUAUCGGUUAAUAAUCAAACACUUUUACGAUAUGCUACAGCAUUGACAGAUCGAUUCGCAACUCUUGAAGAGUUGUUAAAUGUUGGUGAAGAUGAAUUACGUAAACUUGGUAUAACUAAUCAAUUUGAUCGUGCUUGUUUGAUUAGACAAGCUCAAUUAUUCGAUGAGAGAGAGAAUUUACCAUUAACUCGACAAUCUACAGAUUCGAGUUGCAAUAUGGAUCAUUGGCUUGGAAUUAAACAAUCAACUCCAUUAAAUCCACAAUCUAAAUGUAGUUUAUCACCAGCAUUAUUAUCUCGAAUUUCAUUUAAUGAUCAUUCUUCAUAUAAUGAAUCAACAAUUAUCAAUGAAAAAUAUCCUGACGAACAUACUAUGAUACAGGUUUUACAGACACCAAAAAGAAUCCAAGCGAUUAAUAGUAAUGACAAAAUCAAGACAUUACUUGAUUCAUGUUCAAAAAUAGUUUCACCAUCACCAUCUCAUGGAAUGCGACCGAUCAAAUCACUUUCCGAUACGAUUGCAUUACAAAAAAAAAUCCUUGUUGGUAAUGAUCGUCUUAAGAGACUUAGUAUACCAAAAUCAUUAUUAAAACGACAAACAGCAAUCAUAACUAAAAAAGUAUCAAAUAUAACAAAUAAAUUGAUAAAUCCAUUUGCUAAAAUGACACAUAAAAAUGAUCCGAAAUCAGUUGAUACUAACAAAAUAACAUCAAACGAAAUCGUUAUUGCAAAUGCAAUGAAACGAACACCAAAAAAUGACGAACAAGAAUGUCUAAAAGUACAACUUUUAACUCUUGAUGAUGAACUUCGACGAUCAACAAAUUUACUUCAUCAGAAUGAUGAAAUAGAAUCAAAACAUAGCGGUCAAACAUUACCUUCGAAACGAUUUAAACUUGGUGCUACAACAACUUUUCUAACACGUUCAAUUGCUAAUCAUGGUUCUUAA